GUCGACGUCCGUGAGUCCUACUACCAUCUCGCCACCCGCGCAGCUUUCGACGACGUCGACCGCGAUGCCCCUCCCCACCUUAAGCAUCUCCGACCCCUUCAGCUUGCCGCCUGAUACCUCUCUGUCGCUCUCCCUGCCUGCUAUCGGUCCUUCCACGUCGUACACGGAUACCACCACUACCACCACUUCAGAUACCACCAUGACCACCACCUCGUAUACCACCUCCACGUCUACAACAUACACGACCACCACGAGCACCACUACCGACUCGCCGUCCACCUCCCCUCCGUCUUCUUCGACAUCCUCCUUCUCCUUCCCCACGACGCUCUCCCUGCCGACCACGCUAUCGUCGUUCUCCUUUCCGACCACGCUCUCCCUUCCGACGACGCUCUCCCUUCCGACGACGCUCUCCUACCCCUCGACGGUCUCGCUCUCCAUCCCGCCGACGACCUUGUCGUACUCUGGCUCGUUCUCGCUAUCCCUGCCCAUCCCGCCCACGACGUAUUCUGGCACGACGUCGUCUACCCCCCCCACCACCACCACUUAUCCCAGUUCCACCACCACGUCUACCUCCUCAAGCUCGGUUUCGUCAGGGUCAUCAAGCUAUUCCUCGGGUUCAAUGACUUCUUACAGCGACUCGACUUCGGCGACAUGGUCGUCGACGUAUCCACCCACGUCUUCGCAGUCGUGGAGCUCGAGCUCGUCAAGCAGCUGGAGUUGGCGGUAUACCAGCGUCGGAGGAACGCCCACGCCGACGAUCCGGUCGUCCUACCCGUCUUCGACGCACUCGGAAUCCUCGUCGUCUUCGCAGGAUGCGGCGACGACGUCGCACACGACGACCCGCGGGCGUUUCACGACGUCGACGAUCAGCGUCACCACGGUGUACACGUCGACGCUGUCUGGCGGAGGGACGACCAUCGUCAGUACGGUCAUCCCAACCGGGACGCUGGUACCCCAGACCGGCGGAUGGAACGGCAUUCGCCGCAACUCCGGCGCCAUCGCCGGGAUCGUCAUCGGCUCGGUCGUCGCGCUCGCGCUCCUUUCUGCGUGGAUGUUCAUCCUGUUCCGGAGACACAAGAUCCGGAAGCUGGAAAGCGCGGCCGUACGGAGCGACCGCGAGGCCGCAGCCCUCCGAGGGCCGUUGGCUGACGAAGACGACGAUCUCCCGCCAGGCGGCGCAACACCUAGUAUGGAGGAGCUCCCCGGCCCUGUGGUCGCGGCAGCAAGUGAAGGCCACGGAGCGCGUAUUCGAGGCGGCGACGACGACUUUGCGGUGGUGUCCGACGAGGACACCAGCGCGUACGGGCAUUCGUCGGAGGCCGCAGCCGCUGCUCAGAGGUCUUCCGCGGCGCUGCUCGCGUCCGUGGCUCUCCCCCGCUCCCCGCCGACCGCUACCGGUCUCGUCCCUCCAGCCGGUGCUCUUCCCCAGGUACCUGGGUCACCGACGUCCGCCUACGGUACGGGAACCUCGAAGCGGAGGUCCAGCGCCAGCGGGCUUGAUCCAGGAGCGUGGUUAGGUGGAAUGACGUACGUCGGCGCCAAGUCGCGACCCGGCUCCUCGGGCGUCGUAUCCCCUCCAGUGACGUCUAUGCCAGCCGGUAUGAGUGCCACGUUCGGCAUGUCAGGGCCGUCGUCGGCUGGCCAUGGUACUGGCGACGAGCAGGAGAUGUUGAUGAGUCCCGGAUGGGGAGGGGCGUACGCGAGCGGCGGAGAGAGUGUCGACGAGUUCGGCGUCGGCCCGUCUUCGACAGGUCACGGCGCCCCUUCGUCUCAGGGUCAUGAAGCGGGGCACGGAUCUUCUUCGCAAGGUGGUGGGACGUCAAGCAGCGGUCACGAUCGCGGAUAUGCGCCCUCGUCGCAGUCGCAUUCAGGGCCGUCUCAGGAGGGCGGUCGCAAGUCCCCUGGGGUGCGCGCGAGCUUGGGCAGUGCACCGCCCAGCAGUUAUCCCUACAAGUCCGACGACCGCAAGGACCCUCCGGAUGCCCCGCCGCGGACGACAAGCCCGAUAUCCUUCCUGUCUCGCAGUCUCCGGUGGCGGCGAAGAGGCUCCCAGUCGACGCAUACCCUCCUAGACAACGCGGGCGACGACGAAUCCGCUGCCGGCCCUGCAUUCGGUUCUCGCGGUCGGUCUCGCUCUGCUCUCGUCACCCCGACUUUCUUCGAGCCUCCGCCCGAACUGGUCGCACCCUCUCCGAAGCAACAGCGUCCUCCAGCUACUCCUCUCUACUCUCGGGUUCCUGCGCGGAUCGAACGCCCAGCGCACCCCGGACAGCUCCCGAACCUUGUCUCGCCUUCGUUAUCUGCUCUCGUCCGGGAAGAACGCGCUGCUCAGGGUGAGUGGCCGCGACCGAACCCUUCACUGACGCUGCCGCCUCUUCCUUCGCCUGCAAUCACCGAUGGCGCAUCCGUUCGCGAAGGCCUCCUUAGAGUCGGUGGUCAAGGCAUGUAUAGUUCAGGAACCCUGAGUCUUCGAGACGAGGUCGACUACUCGAGACCGAUAGGCGGGGUGGUGUAUAACCGGAUGUACAGCACGACUACGUUCAAUUCCACGGAUACGCGGGAGACUACGGAUACCGAGACGGACCACCAUGGGCCUGCGGACGGACAUGAUUCGCAGGACCUGUUACCUACACAUUCACAUCGAGAACCUUCAUCGUAAGAGUAGCCUAGUCCUCUGUUGCUUGCGCUGUCGAUUCGCUGUCUGCUCUGAUGCUCACCUUCGCUUCGGACUAAUGACUUUCAAAACCUUUGCUCCUUUCGCUAUAGUAUAGUACACGUUUAAAAGGAGGUGAGAGAUUACCGCCUUAAUGCCAGCAUACACGACUCGGG